AAAUAAUAAAUAAAACGUAAAAAAAUCAAUAACAAAAUAAAAUAAUUAUAUAAAAUAAUUUGUGGCAACUACAAUAAGGAAUCAUGUUGAAGAUAGCAGCAGAAGGUGUUAUGCCACGUUUGGUAUCCUGCAUACAAACCUCUACCAGUGCCCAGAAUGCCUGUCAACGUUUAGCACCCCUAGCUGUGACGGCUACACAAAAAUGUUUAUCACAAUCACAGACGGCCUUGAAAAAAUAUGUUGUUAAAGAUCAUUAUGAAUUUGAUCGAAAAGUCAUUAAUAGUGAUAUACCCGUUAUAGUCAAUUUUCAUGCUGAAUGGUGUGAUCCCUGCAAAAUUCUAACACCCAAAAUGGAAGAACUUUUACAAGAUUCCAACGAAAUCGAUUUGGCCAUUAUAGAUGUGGAAAACAAUACGGAUUUAGUGGAAACAUUCGAAGUGAAAGCAGUACCAGCCGUUUUGGCUUUUCGCAAUGGUGUUGUAGUGGAUAAAUUUAUUGGUCUAGUCGAUGCCAAUAGUAUAGAAUCCAUUAUUGAUAAAUUGAAACGUAAAAAUCGUGCCUCGUCGGAAGAGGAGAAGGACAAAAAGUGAUGUAAUCGAAAUUGUAGGGAAAAUGUGUUUUUGUUUGAUUUUCUAUUCUAUUGAUGCUAGUUGAUUAACAUGGAGAUUUCUUUUCUUCUUUUUUUCCUUUUUUUAAGUAUAAACUCUUGUAACAAAUAGUUAAUUAUUUGUGUCAAUGUUUGUCUUUCUAUUUUUUUCUAAUCAUCAAGUAGUUAGUAUAAGUUUAUAAAAGUAAUGUUUAUAAAAAAAAUAAUAAAAAAACGAAAAAAUA